AUGAAGAAAUGGUGGCAGUUUUGUAUGCCUUGUUGUCUUUCUCUCAUUUUCAUUUCUCUUUUUGUUUCCUGCUCUUUUUCAUUUAAUUGAUCUCUCUCUCGCUCUUUCAGUAACUACAACUCUGUUAGGCAUGUCCCCUCUCUGGACUCCAUCACCACCUCGGUGGACGGCAUUCACCUCCGCCCACCCUCCAUGAACCCAGCACAGGUAAGACUGACUGACUUUCUCCAUUUUGAAGUGCUCCAUGUCAUCUCAACGCAGAAGCAUUACAGGCCCAAUAUUAUUUUGGCUGCUGAAUUUUUCAAAUGCGUCGAUCAUCAUCUCACCCUACUGCUGCACUUUUGCCUAGGUGGCUCGAUUUCAAGUAAUUUGAAAGAAAACUUCAGUCCACUGCAGCAUAGCUCAUUAAAUAAUCGAUUCUUACAUUCAAGGUUCAAUCUAUUGCCCUUUCUUAACUUGAGUACUGUUUUAUCUAAACCCCAGUAAACAGUUUAAAAGAAAGACGUUGCUCUGUCUGGCCCCCUCCCUCUACCUGAGUUACUCAUGUUAGGCAGUACCCUUUACAACUUCUGCUGCUUGAAACAAAAACAAUUUUCUCUCUAUCCCUCCUCCCGUCCUCCCUUCGUGGCUAGCGCCGGUCGCCCAGUCCGUUGGCACGCUUUGAGGGCUGGGACGGCACCGCACGCUCCCUCAGUGAGGGAAACUCGCCAACCACCUCCGCCCGCUCUGGUGCCCACCGCACCCAUGUCCGCUCUGCCAGCCGCAGAGACACCACUGUGAGAACACACACCCCCUUACUGGCCCCCUGUAUACCCACUGUGGUGUAAACCCCUACGCAUGGCCCCCAUGUAACUGUGUGUGUGUUGUCUGUAUUUGUCCAGUUGUGUAUAAUGAAUGCAUCCAGUGUCUGUGUGUUACUGUGUGGGUAUGUGUGAGUAGAGUAUCUGUGUGAGAGGGAGAAAAACUGCUUUAGCUAAUUUACUAUCAGCCCUUAAUUUCACCUGCCGCCCACUGGAAAAGUAAAAUGAUCAACUUGAAGUUCUAAAUAACCCAACUAGCCACCUCCAGAAGGCCUAAAAGCGCCUAAAAGCCAUUGCUCCUAGUACAGUAACAGUUGACCCCAUAUAAUAGCUACUGUGCUAAUAUAGUCAUUAUAUACAGUACCAGUCAAAAGUUUGGACACCUACUCAUUUAAGUUUUUCUACAUUGUAGAAUAAUAGUGAAGACAUCAAAACUAUGAAAUAACACAUAUAGAUUCAUGUGGUAACCAAAAAAGUGUUAAACGAAUCAAAAUAUAUUUUAGAUUCUUCAAAGUAGCCACCCUUUGCCUUGAUGACAGCACACUCUUGGCAUUCUCUCAACCACCUUCAUGAGGAAUGCUUUUCCAACAGUCUUGAAGGAGUUCCCACAUAUGCUGAGCACUUGUUGGCUGCUUCAGCCAUUUGCCAAGCUGAUCUGGCACCUUUUGAUCCUCACCAAGGAGUGAGUCAUGACACAUGCUAAAACAGGAAAGGGCUUUCCCCAAACUGUUGCCACAAAGUUGGAAGCACAGACUUGUCUAAAAUGCCAUUAUAUGUUGUAGCAUUAAGAUUUCCCUUCACUGGAACGAAGAGGCCUACCUGAACCAUGAAAAACAGCCCCAGACCAUUAUUCCUCCUCCACCAAACUUUAUAGUUGGCACUAUGCAUUCGGGCUGGUAGCGUUCUCCUGGCAUCCGCCAAACCCAGAUUCAUCCGUCGGACUGCCAGAUGGUGAAGCGUGAUUAGUCACUGCAGAGAACGCGUUUCCACUGCUCCAGAGUCCAAUGGCUUCGAGCUUUACACCACUCCAGCCGACGCUUGACAUUGCGCAUGGUGAUCUUAGGCUGUCGACCAUGGAAACCCACAGUUCUUGUGCUGACGUUGCUUCCAGAGGUAGUUUGGUAGUGAGUGUUGCAACCGAGGACAGACGAUUUUUACUCGCUUCAGCGGUCCCAUUUAGUGAGCUUAUGUGGCCUACCACUUCGCGCCUGAGCCGUUGAUGCUCCUUGACGUUUCCACUUCACAAUAACAGCACUUACAGUUGACCAGGGCAGCUCUAGCAGGGCAGAAAUUUGACGAACUAACUUGUCGGAAAGGUGGCACCAUGAAAGUCGCUGAGGCCAUUCUACUGCUAAUGUUUGUCUAUGGAGAUUGCAUGGCGGUGAGCUCAAUUUUAUACACCUGUCAGCAACGGGUGUGGCUGAAAUAGCCCAAAUCCACUAAUUUGAAGGGCUGUCCACAUACUUUUGUGUAUGUAAUUCUAUGUUAUUGUUCCUCUAACUUCCUCCAGUCCCUGUGAUAGUCUCGCUGCCCUUCCCAGUGCUCUUCCUUGUGUCUACAUCCUGUUUGUACAGUGUUUCCUGCCCAUCCCUGCCCGGAAGUAUUCACCUAUUAUUUAUUGUCAUGUGGACUUUCACUUCUGUCACAUCAAACAGGCCACUGCUUGUUUAGUUUUUGCGUGAGCUGUCAUCAAUGUAUAUGUAUUUAUAAUAGAAUGUAUGUCUGUUAGUGUUGUCACGAUACCAGAAUUGUGUCUUCGAUACCAGGUUUAGUAUCACGAUACUCAAUACCAAAACGAUACCACAACAAAAAAAGAAGGCAUUUUAGCGAAAGUCACAGAAUGGCACUUGAUCCAGACAGAUAAACUCAGCUACUGCUCUGUUCAAUCAUUGGGCAUCUCGAGUUCAAUAUCAUUACAUUAGAAGUUUUUACGUAAAUUUUUCAGACAGCCAUGUAUGCAUUAAUGAAUCAAUUAUACAAUCAUACAAACAAUUUGACUUUUUUUUUACCAUUCUAACAACAUAAUGGAAAUAAUUUAUUUGAAUAGUAAAUCUCUAUUGAUAAACUGGGUAAAUCAAGAUGUAGCCUAGACUUAUUCAAAGUAGGUUGUUAUCGAUAAAACGUCACAAUACGCUGCACAGCAUUCCAUUUUGCUGCUGGGGGGUCAAGGAGAACCCCAGCUUCGCUUAAACCAUUGACAACUACGUGCCAUUUUCAAGGGAUUGGUUAAUAAAUGUUUUAACUAUUUGGUUUUAAUAUCAUCACCUCUUGAGGAGCAUAGUCCACAUUUCUGAUUAUUCCACAUUUAGCUCUAUCAUCAGAGUUAUACUGCAAGCAAGUGCAUGCUUUUCAUGAUCAAUAAACAUCAAUUUUCCGAUACGUGAGGGUAGCCUAUCCAUUUGGUUUCUAGGUAGGUAGGUAGCUAGCUAGCUAGCUAUGCAAACAACGUAAUUUAGCUUGCUUCAUCAGAGAUUAAGCUUUUGGGAAGAUCUUGACAUCAGCAAGUCUUCAUCCUGGUAAAGUUGUUAGUCAGACUACUGUCAUCACCACUAUAGAUGGCGUGCAAAUCAAACAAUAUUUGGAUAUAGCCAUAUAGUUUAUCCCCUGAAAGUUAACUUGUUAACUAGCAAUAUUGAAGGGAUCUGUUAAUAGCUACCUAGCCAAUUUGACGUGGUCCAUCAAUCAAUGUAGCCUAUCAUGUCUGUCAGCAGCAAUCGUGAAUAAACACUCUUAAAUACAAUGUUGUUAGCUAAUUUUGCUAGGUAAGCCUACAUUGGUUGGGGGAAAAAAGUACAUUCGGUCAAUUUACCACUAUGUUUAGCCAACUGUACAAAGUUUCUACCGGUAGCUUGCAAAGUAAACAUCAGCUAACAGUACAUCAGCAAAUGCGCCCUUCUGCUGCUUGAUUGGCACAGCCUACAAAGAAUGGGGAAAUGAACCUAAACCACUCAUACUUGUCAGGUAUAGUUCACUUUUAUUUCAUAACACUCAAAUCUAAUGGCGGCCAAUAUUGAGAGAGAUCGUGAGGCUCCCUCAUGUAUCUGAAAUUUCAUGAUCAAUUGAUGUUUACUGAUCAUGAAAAGCAUGCCGUUACUUGCUGUAUAACUGAUGAUAGAGCUAAAUGUGCGCAGCUGUAAUGCAUGGAAUAAUCUGAAAUUUGUAGUUCUGACUAUGCUCUUCAAGAGAUGAUGAUAUUACAACCAAAUAGGUAUAACAUUUAUUUAACAAUCCCUUGAAUACGGUACGCAGUUGUCAAUGGUUUUAGCAGAGCUGGGGGUCUCCUUGCCGCAGAAAAGGCACAUCAAACGUUCUUCACCUUAAGGUGACGUUUGUUAACGACCUAUACAGGUGAAUGCAUAUUUAAUAAGAGUGUAUGCAUACAUUGAGUUAUUGAGCUUGUUUUGGAUGAUUUCAUGGGGCUGCACAUGACAAUCUUUCCCUUCCAUUUGGGACUUAUUUUAUUGUACUGAUCAGCAACAUUUGCAUAGAAGUAGCUUAUUUUAUAAAAGUGUGCGCUGUCUUUUUAACCAUUAAUUAUGUCAUUCACGAGGCAAGAGGGAGGCAGCCCUUCGUAGCCCUAUUCACACAGUCAGUUCGCUGAGGCAAUAGAUAAUCGUUGGGAGAGAACGAUUUGAAGUUUUGGUGGCAAUCGGCUUUGAAAUCAGCAUAUUUUGUGUUAUGGUUUGCAUAUCACAAACAAAGUACUAGGGUUAGUGAAUUGAUGUUGGCUUCAGCUGUAAGCUAGCAAGGAAAGUUAGCAUUAGCCAAAGCUGGAAGCUACCGUUAUCUUCUUAGAUUGUAAAGCGUUCUAGCCUGUAUGAACAGUAAUUAACAGUUUCAACAUUUCUACAUGCUGUGAUCACAUUAUUCAUGUGUGUUAACUUCUGUGCAGCAUGAGUGGGGAGCUAACAUGAUGCAGCCCAGACUCUCAGUGCAGGCUAAAUGGAGCAGGCAUGGUGCGGUGCACUGCGCUUCCCGCUAUAGGGGACAUCGGCUGCGCUGAUAGACUUGAUCUGUCAGACACAUUUCACAGAAUUACCGAAAGGAACCAAAAUUCCUAACCGUUUUUCAUGUUCUAGUAUCGAAAAAGUACCGAACUUUCUGUAUACCGUGCAACAGUGUUUGUAUCAAAUUGUCCAACAGUGAUUAUAGAAUGUAUCUGUAUUUAAUGGUGUAUCUAUCUGUAUAUAAAAUAUGUAUAGAAUAUAUCAUACAUUCUAUACACAGAUUAUAUCUAAUGGUACAUCUGUCAGUGGGCAGUGGCACAAUGUGGAAUUGUUGGUGUUUGUUUCAGGAGUUGAGCAGGCCGUGGUCGGGGCAGAUCGGUCCGUGCACAGAGAAUGGCAUGGCCAUGCCCCCUCCACACAACGCCUACACACAGCAUGGAGAGAGAGACCGCGCCAUGUCCACAUCCGGAAAGGUAGCACAUGCACACAAACUGGCACACAUAUACUGACACAAACACACACACACAGAAUGCUUAUCAGUUUGUACUUUGAUAUGUGGUCAAUGAUUAAUGCAAAUAAGCACCGGUGCAGUGUGUUCUACAAUUUCUGAAUCAUUGUCAAACAAACCAACCUUUUUGUAAUCCAUUAAUAAUUAAUUGAUUGUAUGAUAACUUAAGAAAUAUUUCCACAAGGAAGUGAUGGCAACACUUAUUCCAGGGUAAAUAGGUAGCACUACUUAUACACUGCUCAAAAAAAUAAAGGGAACACUAAAAUAACACAUCCUAGAUCUGAAGAAUGAAAUAACCUUAUUAAAUACUUUUUUCUUUACAUAGUUGAAUGUGCUGACAACAAAAUCACACAAAUUAUCAAUGGAAAAAAAAAAUCACACUCAAAAUUAAAGUGGAAAACCACACUACAGGCUGAUCCAACUUUGAUGUAAUGUCCUUAAAACAAGUCAACAUGAGGCUCAGUAGUGUGUAUGACCUCCCUACAAUGCCUGGGCAUGCUCCUGAUGAGGUGGCGGAUGGUCUCCUGAGGGAUCUCCUCCCAGACCUGGACUAAAGCAUCCGCCAACUCCUGGACAGUCUGUGGUGCAACGUGGUGGUGUUGGUGGAUGGAGCGAGACAUGAUGUCCCAGAUGUGCUCAAUUGGAUUCAGGUCUGGGGAACAGGCGGGCCAGUCCAUAGCAUCAACGCCUUCCUCUUGCAGGAACUGCUGACACACUCCAGCCACGUGAGGUCUAGCAUUGUCUUGCAUUAGGAGGAACCCAGGGCCAACCGCACCAGCAUAUGGUCUCACAAGGGGUCUGAGGAUCUCAUCUCGGUACCUAAUGGCAGUCAGGCUACCUCUGGCGAGCACAUGGAGGGCUGUGCGGCCCCCCAAAGAAAUGCCACCCCACACCAUGACUGACCCACCGCCAAACCGGUCAUGCUGGAGGAUGUUGCAGGCAGCAGAACGUUCUCCACGGUGUCUCCAGACUCUGUCACGUCUGUCACAUGUGCUCAGUGUGAACCUGCUUUCAUCUGUGAAGAGCACAGGGCGCCAGUGGCGAAUUUGCCAAUCUUGGUGUUCUCUGGCAAAUGCCAAACGUCCUGCACGGUGUUGGGCUGUAAGCACAACCCCCACCUGUGGACGUCGGGCCCUCAUACCACCCUCAUGGAGUCUGUUUCUGACCGUUUGAGCAGACACAUGCACAUUUGUGGCCUGCUGGAGGUCAUUUUGCAGGGCUCUGGCAGUGCUGCUCCUGCUCCUCCUUGCACAAAGGCGGAGGAAGCAGCCCUGCUGCUGGGUUGUUGCCCUCCUACGGCCUCCUCCACGUCUCCUGAUGUACUGGCCUGUCUCCUGGUAGCGCCUCCAUGCUCUGGACACUACGCUGACAGACACAGCAAACCUUCUUGCUACAGCUCGCAUUGAUGUGCCAUCCUGGAUGAGCUGCACUACCUGAGCCACUUGUGUGGGUUGUAGACUCCGUCUCAUGCUACCACUAGAGUGAAAGCACCGCCAGCAUUCAAAAGUGACCAAAACAUCAGCCAGGAAGCAUAGGAACUGAGAAGUGGUCUGUGGUCACCACCUGCAAAACCAGUCCUUUAUUGGGGGUGUCUUGCUAAUUGCCUAUAAUUUCCACCUAUUGUCUAUUCCAUUUGCACAACAGCAUGUGAAAUUUAAUGUCAAUCAGUGUUGCUUCCUAAGUGGACAGUUUGAUUUCACAUAAGUGUGAUUGACUUGGAGUUAUAUUGUGUUUAAGUGUUCCCUUUAGUUUUUUGAGCAGUGUAUAACUAUCUUCUAACAAGCAUUUAAGUAUAGGCAGUAACAUUUAUUACCUCAUUUUGUUUUCCAAGAAAACACAAAAAUGUGAGCGCAACAUGUAAAGUGUUGGUCCCAUGUUUCAUGAGCUGAAAUAAAAGAUCCCAGAAAUGUUCCAUAUGCACAAAAAGCUUAGUUCUCUCAAUUGUUUGCCAUACAUUUCUUUACAUCCCUGUUAGUGAGCAUUUCUGCUUUGCCAAGAUAAUCAAUCCACCUGACAGGUAUGGCAUAUCAAGAAGCUGAUUAAACAGCAUGAUCAUUACACUGGUGCACCUUGUGCUGGGGACAAUAAAAGGCCACUCUAAAAUGUGCAGUUUUGUCACACAACACAAUGCCACAGAUGUCUCAAGUUUUGAGGGAGAGUGCAAUUGGCAUGCUGACUGCAGGAAUGUCCACCAGAGCUGUUGCCAGAGAAUUGAAUGUUAAUUUCUCUACCAUAAGCCUCCUCCAACGUCAUUUUACAGAAUUUGGCAGUACGUCCAACCGACCUCACAAACGCAGACCACGUGUAACCACGCCAGCCCAGGACCUCCACAUCCUGCUGAUUGGCUGGGCCUGGCUCCCCAGUGGGUGGGCCUAUGCCCUCCCUAGCCCACCCAUGGCUGCGCCCCUGCCCAGUCAUGUGAAAUCCAUAAAUUAGGGCCUAAUUUAUUUAUUUCAAUUGACUGAUUUCCUUCUAUGAACUGUAACUCAGUAAAAUCUUUUGCGUUGUUGCGUUUAUAUUUCUGUUCAGGAUAGUAUGAGAGCCAUUUCAGGGUGUAUUCUUAGUGUUCAGCUGAUGGGGGCACCAGAGGCCAAGAGGUUGAGGAAGGAUUCUCUUCCACUGUACACAUCUCCAUUUUUAUUUUUUUUACCCUAAACUCUCCCUCCCCCCUCUCUCUCCUUCCUUUCCUUCCACCUUCCCCUCAUUAACUCCCUCCCUCACUAUCCCUUCCUCCCUUCUUUCCGCACCCCAUCCCUCUCCCUCACUAUCCCUUCCUCCCUCCCUUCCACACACCAUCCCUCUCAUAGCCCCAGAGUGCCCGGGAGAAGCUGGCCCUGACCCUGGGCGGAGGGCUCAACUCGGAGGCCCCCCACACCAGUCGCGACUCCCUCCACUGUUCCAGUGGCUACAGCACGCAGACCACCACGCCCUCCUGCUCCGAGGACACCAUCCCCUCCCACGGUUAGUAGUGUCCACCACAGACCAAACCCCCCGCCACACACCACUCCUGGGAUGCGACCAAAAUAGCACCAUGUUAGCUACCUAGUGCACUACAUACCUUUGACCAGGCACUGUAGGGAAGGAUGCCAUUUGGGACGCAAACCUACUAUCCCCCCAUGGUCACAGCACUGUCUGCUUGUCUGGCUACGUCUGUCGGUCUCUGUCUCUUUGGCUCAGCCAGCUCUGUUCUUUAGUGGGUCUCUGUGUCAGAGAUCUUAUACAGCAUGGUUCUCUUAUUGUUUGUCUGUCUGUGUGUCAUGAUUUGAGCUUUUGGGGUCUGUUUGCUUGUAUCUGCCUUAUCUGUCUGUGUCUGUUGUUCUGUCUGUGAUUGUCUUGCAAUCUGUCGCAUGCAUCCGUCUCAUUUCACUAUCACACCAGAAUGACGUCUCCACUUCUGUCCCAUCCAUGUGCCUGUUUCAACAGCAUUAUCACAACACCAGCUUGUGCAAGUAGCCUGUGGUAGUAUAAUCUGCUUUUGUCAGCAGUGCUACCUAAAAACCAAGUCUGAAUUUUCCAUCUCUCCACAUACCCCACCUGUUUGUCGGAUCAAAAGCCUGUAUGCCGAGCUGUAAAGCCAUACAUAGCAUAUGAGCCUGCAACCCGAGAAUGUUGUUUUACUUCAGUUUUGUCCCUCUCAAAGCAUUAUGGGGCUCGACUGUCACUCUGUGAAGCAUCCCCCCCAUUCAACAUCAUGUUUUGAUCAAAGAAAAGUAGCUUUUUUUUUGGUAUACAAGUUAAACGCAAUUCUAUAUUCUUUUUCAGCUGUAAAGAAAGAACCUCCUCUUUAUGGUAGGUUGCUUGUCCGUUACUGUUUAGAUUUUCCCCUCUCUGUUCCUCACAAGUGAAAUUAGAGAUCAUUCACAGUGAUUUAGUGUGACAUCUGUGCUGUGUGAAUUCCCAUCACAUCAAUGGCCUUUUUGCUAGUAAAAGGAGAGCAUUAGCGCAGAAUGUUUGUUGUGUGUGCAUGCGUGUGGGUGUGAGAACCUUUGUGUAAACGGAUGAGCGGAUGCUUGCGUUAUUCUGAGAUCAAUUGAGUGCGUAUGUGUGUGAUUGGGUGUACGUGCACACACUCCUUUGUCUCUGGUUGCAUAUGUGCGACCGCCAUGUAAUUGUGUUAGCGUGUUUACCAUCAUCAGCUGAUAACAGGUCACCGCUCCGUGCUGACACACUCCCUUAUCACACACACCCUAAUUUCUUCUUCCUCCUCAGAUAAGUCUGUCGUUUUUUUUUUCUCAAACACAGAUUUUUUGCACAGUGAUUCCGCAUUGAGACAUAGGCUGUGUACCAAAUGGCACCCUAUUCCCUACAUAGUGCACUACUCUUGACCAGAACCCUGGAAAUAGAGUGCCAUUUGGGAUGCAGGCAUAAUUAGGUUAUUAUGUUUGGGGCAAAUCUGGAGUCUUAAGAGUUUCUGUGGUUCUCUUAUACGUUUUCCCCAUCUGAUUCUCACCGAAUACGUCAAGUAUUCAAUGCAGUCUGCAAUACAAAAAAUAUCAACUUUAGCACAGAGAAGCUUUGUGUUGCACGGAACGUUCUUGCUCUUGGUUUUAAUGGAAUGCAUCAGGUCAGAUUUUCCACCCCAGGCAAAGCCUCUGCUUUCCUACCAUGUUUUAUUCCAGUUAGGAAAGAAAUGUGUUGUGUGGUGUUCCUCCGCUCUAAGUAACCACAGCCUUACUCUUGUUCCAUCCAUCCCUCUCUCCCUCCUCCUCCACCCAACAGACUACGACUACAUCUCCCUGCACGGGGGCGAGGAGGUGCACCACAGCCCGCCCGACUUCGACAAGUCCUCCACCAUCCCGCGCAACAGCGACCUCGGCGUGCAGUACCGCAAGAUGUUCCAGAGCAAGCGGCCCGCCUCGACCGUCAGCCUGCUCGCUGAGCCCGAGCCGCUUGGCCUGCGCCAGACGCACACUGCCACCAUCCGCCGCAAGCCCUCAUCCAAGCCCGCCUACCGCCGCGGCACCCUCAGUGGCGGCGUGCCUAUCCCUAUCUGCACCCCCCAGGUUCCCUUCAAAGCCUUGGGCGGAGGGGUAGGUGGAGGCAACGGUGGUGGAGGGGGGAGCAACGAGAACGUGGGGCCUCCAGGGAGUGGUGUGGGGGCGGGCGGGAUUGGCAUGAGCAGGACGGUGGACCACGGGCAGGUCCACGCCAAGCACAGUCUGUGCACUUCCACCCAGAGCCUGAGUGCCAUGCCCUCGCACCACACAUCAUCCACGUCGCCCUACUACUCACUGAUCCCGGGCCAGGCGCCAGUGCCCAUGGGCAGCUCGGAGCAGCUGUACCAGCUGAGCAAGCAGCAGCAGUUCACCCUGCACCAGCAGCAGCAGAAGCAGUACCAGCAGCAGCACCUACAGUACAACCAGCAGCAGCAGUUCCAGCCGCCCCAGACACAACAGUUGCAACCAGCAGCCCAGACACAACAGUUGCAACCAGCAGCCCAGACACAACAAGCAGCCCAGACACAACAGUUGCAACCAGCAGCCCAGACACAACAAGCAGCCCAGACACAACAGUUGCAACCAGCAGCCCAGACACAACAGCAGUUUCAACUACAGCAACAGUUCCAGCAACAACAGCAGUUUCAACUACAGCAACAGUUCCAGCAACAACAGCUACAGCAGCAACAACAGUUAGAACAACAGCAGCAGAUGCAACAGCAGCUUUACCAGCAGACACAACAGCAACAACAGUACCAACAACCGCAACAGCAGAAGCUCCAAUAUCAAAAGCAGCAACAGUUUCUGCAGCAGUCUCAUCUCCCACAACAGCACAACGCGUAUGGCACUGCCAACCAGCUGAUGGAAAGCGGGCACUGCCCUCCCCCCCAGCAGCCCCCUGACGCCCCAGACGCCCAGGAGGCAGAUGAGCCCUCGGGUGGCGGAGGUCACAUGGUCACGAUGAUCCGGGGAGUAAAACUGCGUCGGACCCUGACCAACGACCGCUCUGCCCCCUUUAUCCCCCCACCCAGCCAUCUCAAAUGA